UAGAAUAAUUAGUUUACUAUGAUGUGCAUUUUUCGAUCUGUGGGACGACUACUAAAGUAUUUUCAAUGAAGGCUGGCGGCUCAGCUGAAGUACAGAAACCACAGCAGGCACAGCUCAAACCCGAGCUCAAACCUCGGCUCAAACAGGACAUCUCUCAUGCAGCUGUCUCGGGUAGCCAGAGUCAGACCCACCCUCCCAAUUCUUGGUGCUAUGUUUCAAGAACCAAGGAAGAAACGAAAGUGUUGGCUAGUCCAGUUAAAAAGAAGUCUUUAAAAGAUUAUAUGUGGAGUUUAGUCAACGGAAGCCUAACAUUAUUGUCCAUUUUUGUGUACUGUGCUGUUCUCAUGACCAUCUACAUUCAUCCUAACAAUUUGUUAUGGCUUUGUGUAGCAGUUUUCCUAAACGUGUAUGCUCUUGUUGUUUCAAUAAUGACAGCAGUUAAAACAAAAGAUGAAAAUUGGUUUUGUCUUUUUGUACUCAUAUUGGAUGUAAUAAUUAUCAUGAAGGCAGAAAGCAACACAUUUAACUAUAUUUUUUUUAUUUUUGCAGCUUUGAUAAUAUUCAUCAAGAAAGAACUUUUUUGUACUAUUCAAACUAUAACCCCCUCCACUGAUAAUGACAAAGAUAAUACAAUUUUUAUUGUUUAAUGCCGGUAUUUAUAUAUUAUAACUUGAGUUGGGCGGCUGCAUAUAAUGUGGUUGCUAAUAUUUUAUCUCAGUGAUACUAUUUCUAAUUAUUUGAUAUGCCUUGCUUACUGAAUUAUGCCAGAAGAGUUCAGUCUCUAUUUGGCUAUUCUUGUAUUCUUCUUCUUAUGCCUAAUACUAUAUACUAUUCUGUUGCAUUAUAAUUAUUCUAGAAUUCCAGCUAUUAUUCAUAACA